CGCACGCACAACUGAAAGCACUCGUAUGACCAGCAGUUCAUGACCAUCGAAGAGUACAAGGCUUUGAAGAAGAAGCCUAAGAGUGACAUUGCGCUCAAUCUUCUCAAAAGACUGGCGUCACAGGUGGCUCCAAUUAUGAAGAAAAGGGGAUGGAAAGUCAAACAGCUUGCAGAAUUCUAUCCGAGUAAUCCCAGCUUGCUAGGACUCAACGUCAACAAGGGAUACCGUAUCGACAUACGACUCCGUUCUCCUGCAGACGCAUCUGAAUUUCUUCCAUAUGACGAUUUAUUAGGCACAUUGUUACAUGAAUUAACUCAUAUAGUUCGGGGACCACAUGAUGUCCAAUUUUACAAAAUACUGAACGAGGUUAACGCUGAAUUGGAUGACUUGAUUAGCACAGGAUAUAGCGGCGAAGGGUUUUACAGUCAAGGAAAACAACUAGGUAGCAGUCGACAAGUAUCCAAGAGUGAAGCACGGAAGAAAGCUUUGGAAGCGGCUGAAAAACGACAAAAACUUGGCAAAUUAAUGCUUCCAGCUGGAGGAAGACGGUUGGGUGGAGGGGAAUCGGCAGCUGAAAGAGAAGCUCAGUUCACUCCGCAAGAACUGGCAGCUGAAGCAGCUGAACGUCGACGUCGUGAUAACAUAUGGUGUGGUGGUCAAGAAGCCAUAACGCAAGAGGCGAAACCGGAAGAUUAUGUAUCGACUGUUCAAGACAACGGUUCAACGUCCAGCAAUAAACGACGGCUAGAUGAUAUAGAUGAUAAGGCAUGGGCGUGUAAUUACUGUACAUUUAUGAAUGAGCCGCUACAUCUUGUUUGCUCCAUGUGCUUACAAGAGAAAACAAAUGAAAAGAGGAUUAAAAGUUCCUGAGGUGGUAGUUGGUAUCGCUGGUUUAGGUCCAAUAGGCUACUCUCAAUUUUUUUUUUUUCUACAACACCAAUUUUCGGUGGCAUCGCAUUUUUUUAUUUCCUUUCUUUCAUUUCGUCAUGUCAACUCAAUCGACUGAUUCACAACGUGAAGCUACACCUUCCCCAGCUGCUUCCACCCCUGCUGCUCCCACUAAAGCAGUGCAAGUGAAGCUUGUUUUGCUU